AGUAAACGGUCCAACAGAAGCUAGAAGAAGAGGAAGCACAUCAACUCCAGGAAGUCAAAGUUCAGUCUUUUCUUUUCACGAAAAAAAACAACAAUUUCUCUCCACAAAGAUCCAUAAAAUAAUCAAAGGACAACUGUUUGUCCCAGGACAGUGUCUUCAUGUGAGGGGGUCCCUCUGCCCAUCAUGUCCCUGACGGGUCCAAUUGUGAGCUUCUAUGUCCUGUGUUGCCUGCUCGCUUUAUCCUCUUCCACCUCUUUCAAGAAGGCCCUGGUGCAACCUACAUCUGAGAUCCAGCUCAACAAUGCUAUCCCAGACUGUAGUAACUGUAGCAAUGGCAGCACGGGUAAAAAUACAUCAGAGACUGUGACUGUGACCUCUCAAAAUGAACUAAAUGUAAAUCAGACUAUAAAUGACAACAAUCAGACCAUCCAAAAAGUCUAUGCCUCCUCUUCACAGUUCAACAUUUCCACCACACAAAAGCCCUUAUUGAUAUCUCCUAUACCUCCAACUAAAAGCAAUGAUCCUAUUACAGAACCCAAUGUCACAGAUGGUUCACUUUCACAUAACAGUAAUAAAACUGAAGUGAAUAAAACUGCUGGUGUUCCUUCCAAUACUAGAGUGGAUACCACUGAGGCUGCUACUUCAACUAGUACAACUAUGCUACUGACCUCAACCCCAAAAAAAGCUUCUCCAACUACAACCCAUUCAUCCUCAACAAAGAUGACUCCUUCUCAUGCAUCAAAAACCAUCGCACUUGUUCCAAGCAUUGUAACGACAACGCCACUUUCAAAAAGUCCCACAACAACCAAACCGACCAUCAAGGAACCAGCUACUAUUACCUCUGCUGCUACUACUGCUACUGCUACUGCUACUAUUGCUGCUGCUAAAUCAACAAAUUUUGUUUCUACCAGCUCAGCUCCAACUGUCCAGCAUCUAAGCCCAGUGGUGGAGGUGGCAGGCCCUGAUUCAACCAGACAGUUGGUAGAUAAAGCCUCAUUGUUGGCCAUCCUGCUUUUUGGUAUAUCCUUCCUUUUUGUGGUAGUGUCGGUGUUUGUGACCCAGGCCUAUGAGAGCUACAGGAGGAAGGACUACACUCAAGUGGACUAUUUGAUUAAUGGUAUGUACACAGACUCUGGGGUGUGACUAUAGAAACGCAGACCAGUAGAACUGAGAGUGGGGCUUUAAAAGUUCCUUUGUCAAGUCAGUAUGAAGCCAAAUGGGUUUGACCAAUUGUUUAUUUUGACCAGAUAACACGUGUAAAUGUCAGUGUACUAUGACCAGAGGCUUGAAAGUUUGGGUUUGAACUGACACAACCAAUAUUCCCAAAAGUCCUAGUUUAUUCUGAGAUUAGUGUUGUUAUACAGGGGAAGAUUUUGUCCUAUAUGGUUGUGAGACAAGAUGCAGACUGUCAAAUACUAAACCUUUGCUUUAUAUGCCCAUUCUAUUCAUUCCACAGAGACAUUAAGUCUUAAAUACCAAAAUCCGCAGUUUCUGUGAGUUACUACAAUUACACCUGUUAACAGCAGAAAUAUAUGUAUUCUUAGUGAGUAAUUAUGUCAGUUUAUUUCCGGUUACUGCACAUGGCACAGCCAAAAUAACAGCUAAUUUGAGCAAUAUAGUUUACCUCAUUGCAGUGUCUUCAAUGACAUUGCUGUAUUGCAAUAAUAUUUUUUUAUUUUUUGACUCAAAGAGUGGUACAGAUAUUUUUUUUCAGUGUUCUUUAAGAGCCAAACCCCAUGUCUUUACUUCAUUCCACAACCCAGAUCCCCCCUCUUGCAAAUUGCAUCUUUGUUGGAAUGCUGGUGAUUUUGUAAUGUUGAUCAGUCUGAAAGUAUUCUCCAUCAGAUUUUCAAAUUGAAUAUACAACCACUACAGUCUUAAAAGGCGGUGCAUAUCCAGUAUGCUAAGAUUUAUACUGGCCUCAAAAGCCACUUUGAACAGAUUUGCCUUGAAAAUUGAUUUUGAGCAAUGUAUAGAUUUCAAUAUGGGGCGCAUCCAGUUUGUUUAGUAAUGUAGCAAAAGCCGAACUUGCUUUUUGUAAUUCAAUGGACCUUGUUUUACACUAAUGUGUGAUAAAACUAACAUGCAAUAUCUGAGUCUCAAUAAUUCUUGUGAAAUACCACACCAGAACAAACUGUGUGUGCCAGCUUUUCCUUUUGAAUCAGUGUUGCCUAAGGUGUUGUUUUAUUGCACUUCCAAUAAAGACGGGAUUGGUGUUCCCACAUAGACUGAACUGAUAGCAUUCUGCACAACUGACAGAGUGAGUAGUGUCAUUGCAUUUCUAAUAUGUGACUUAUUAAAACAAGACCAAAAGUUGUCCAUUUGUUUCAACUGUAAGUGUUGUGUAUACUGUUUUUGUUUCCACUCUUUACUUUUGGUUGGAGAUUUUGUCUCCAUUUUUUUUCUUAAAUGCCAAAAAUGUAAAAGCACAUGAUUGUAAAGCCAAGGGAAUUGUAAAGCCAUUUUGGUUCCUGUUUAGUUGUCAGAUAUGAAGGUGGGUGCAUGUAUUUAAUUCACAAUGGAACUUAAUGCCUUGUGCCAACUCUACAUUGUACCAGUGCACUUUGAUUUUUAACUUGGAUACAAUAAAGGAACAGAAUAA